AUGAGUAUAUUAGUCAGUGAUCUGACGACAUUAUGGGAUACGGUGAAUCGACUUCCGCAUGGUGUACGCAUCAAUGAUACUAUAUUGCACUGGGGUUUAACACAGGAGAUGACUCGACGAGAAAUGAAGUUCGCACUUGAGGUGGAGCAAGUAUUGAAUCGAAUCGCAGAACCAGAGUAUAGAGAAAUGGAAGGCGAACGGUUCACUGUUAAAUUAGAUUGCACCCGCGAAUACGCUGGGGAAAAAAGAAAAAAAAAAGUAGGAUUGAAAAAAGAACGGGAAGAGUCGCCACACACGUACUGA